AUGUCAAGUUAUCCGUGGGUUGCGAAGAUUUUAGACCAAAUUACGCUGAAAAUUACUUCAAUAUCUGAUAUCUGGAAGGAAAUGGGCAUAGAAGGCGAAAAUUUAAAUCUGAGAGUUGAUGCUCUGACUUCCUACCUGUUAUCUAUGCUGGAGGAAAUGUACAACGAAGAAAUUUUAGCCAAACAGUCGAUUGUGGAAUCCAUCAAAAAGUUGAAAAUUAGAAUCAAAGAAAUAGAGUCAGAGAUGGGGUUGACCAGCUGUUUUCCUGACUGUUCCUCUCUGGUGAUGACAGAGAAACUUCUCUAUGAUCACUUCAAAUCACUUUCCGAAAAGUCAACUGCAAUCCUACAAAGGUACAAUUCCCUUAAAGAGGAUGAGAGGGCGUUGUGUGCACGCCUCGGUGAACCUGAAGUCCCAGUGACAUUUAUUCACGUCCCGAAUUCCGAGCAUCUUGAGAUUCUGAAAGCAAACAUUGAUCACCUUACAUUAGAGAAACGCUCCCGUUGUCUUCGUCUCUCUAAACUCAUUCAAGAAAUAACCAACUUGAAAACUGUCCUUCAGUGGGAGGUAUCAAAGGAGGAUGAAAUAAUGGUUGCGAUUAUGGCUCCAAAUGCCAUGGAGAAUCUGUCAUUGUCAACUGAUUUUCUGGAUCGUGUCGCUCGACUCCGAAGCUGUUUAGCUCAAGAGUUGGUUCAGUUGGAUGGCGAGUGUCAAGCUCUCACGAAACAAAUUCUAGACUUGGAAAGACGCCUGAAUGUGGAUCCUACGGAUACGGUAGAUGUCAAACAAGAAGUAUCAGCCAGCUUCUUUCGGCACCUGAAAAGAGAACUGGAGCGCCUCAAACAACUGCGUCUGAAAAAUUUAACUUCAUUCAUUUCAAAGUGUCAAACUGAGUUAGUUGUAUGGUGGGAAAACUGCUUUGUUGGUGAAGAUGACCGUGAUCCUCGUCUGACUUCUGGGAAUGAGGAUUUGAAUGAAUCGCUGCUUACAUCCCUUGAAUCCGAGAUCGAUAGGUGGAAGGCGUUUUACUUGGAGAAUGAGACGUUAUUCAAGGCGAUUGAAUCGUGGCAGUGCAUUUUGUCCCGUCUUCGAUUGUCAGAGAGAAAAAUGAAAGACCCGUCAGUUUUGAAAAAUCGGGGUGGAAUUCUUCUGGUGAUUGACAAAGAGAUUAAACAGCUAAGACGUGAACUCAGUCGUCAAUAUUCUGUUCUACGGGAGUUAUCGUUAAAUAACAAUAAGGUGAAAAUUCAUGGACUACCUGUUCUUGAUUAUUUGAGGCAUAUUGAGCAACAGUGUGACAACGCGGAAAGAGAAAAUCAAUUCAUCAGUCAGAAUUCGAGCCGAAGAGAGCUUUCUGCUUGCGAUGCGAAGGUUAAGACUGGCUCCAAAAGGGCGUUGGAUACGAGUAGGUCAAAACUACGAACACCGACAGACUGCAAAAAGCCUUGUACAGGUCUGUCCAAUUCGAGAGUGGCGACAAGGGAGAGGAAGCGGACUGACUCCAGUACUUGCCAGUUAGCUAACGUGACAAGUUCCAGCUUGAUCUCACUAAGUCGAAUUGGUUCAUCUGAGUCCCUGUCAUCACUUCGGACACCACGAGCCAGGGUUCAGCCUUUGUUCAAAACUCCUAUUUCUUGUAAAACGCCCUCCAGCAUUUCAUCUAUGAGUUCAUCUCAGAAGAAGAUUGUCUCAAGCACACCUAAGACAAGCAGCAGCGGACAACUCGGUGAGAAGAAAAUGUGUUCCACGCCGCGUGUUCUUAAGGUUCAAAACUCACUCUCAGCGAAUGUCUCCAGAUUUGCGUCUCCUCUGUCAGCGACAUCUAGAUCUGCUGUGAACAAACAGACAAACCAACAGAAGUCAUCUCGGACUAUAAACAACAAUGCGUCCAUAACUCAGAGGAGCCAAAUCAAACCAUCUGGAAUACGCAAAUGA